UGGUCUAAAGGGAAUGGCAGGUAGGGAGAGCCCAUCAAGAUACAAGCCAACCCUUGCCAGUCAUUAAAUUACAACUCCAUCAUCCUCUUUGGGUUUUUGGGGUCGUUAAAUAUUCUAUAGCAACCCAAAAAUUUUUAAGUUCAAUACCCAUGCAAUGAGCUCCAUUCUCAUUUAACUAUAAAACCCAGAAUCAAUCAAUGUCCUUCAAGCAGUCCUGGUAGCUUUACUGGCAAUUGAAAAAUGAUAAUGAGGCUAUUCAUGUUUAUCUUAGUCUUGGGUGGUGCAAGUUUUGAAGUAACCUCAAACAGGCUUAGCCAAUAUGAGGUGAUUGAAAAAGACUAUAUGAACUGGGUUAAACAAAAGUCUUCGUUCAAGCACUCUCUCUUCGGAAAACCCAAGAACAAAUUAAAGCCCUGCUUAACCAUAAGAGUAAACAAAAAACCAAGUCUUGCGGAGUUUGCCACAGUGAAAAAGGCUAUUAGUUCGAUUCCAGUCGUUAAUCACUGUAGGGUUGUAAUCUCCAUUGGAGCAGGAAUUUACAGAGAGAAGAUUGAAAUCCCUGCAACCAUGGCUUACAUUACAAUAGUAGGUGCUGGUGCAGACAAAACCGUGAUUGAGUGGGAUGACACAGCUGACAAAAUGGGGCAGUCAGGCCAUUCACUGGGCACCUAUGGUUCUGCAACAUUUGCCAUUAAUUCUCCAUAUUUCAUUGCAAAGAACAUCACCUUCAAGAACAAAGCACCAUUACCGCCGUCAGGUGCAUUAGGAAAGCAAGCAGUGGCACUGAGGAUAUCAGCAGAUGCAGCAGCCUUUAUCGGUUGCAAGUUUAUUGGAGCACAAGAUACUCUUUACGAUCACAUUGGCAGGCACUACUUCAAACACUGCUACAUCCAAGGUUCAGUAGAUUUCAUAUUCGGAAAUGGGCUUUCCCUCUAUAAACACUGCCACUUGCAUGCCGUAACCAACAGCUAUGGAGCCUUGACAGCCCAGAAAAGGGAAAGCAUGCUUGAGGAAACAGGCUUUUCCUUCGUUAAAUGCAAGGUCACGGGGUCGGGCGCCCUCUACCUCGGCCGGGCUUGGGGCGUUUUCUCUAGGGUGGUCUUUGUUUAUACUUACAUGGACAAGAUCAUCACCCCUAGAGGAUGGUAUGAUUGGGGAGACAAAAAUAGAGAAAUGACUGUGUUUUACGGACAGUAUAAGUGCUCAGGACCUGGAGCUGAAUUUGGUGGGCGAGUUUCAUGGGCGAGAGAACUUACACGACAGGAGGCAAAACCGUUUAUUUCAGUUGAUUUCAUUGAUGGGCAUAGUUGGCUUUCGGUUUUAUGAGGAUACGUAUAUUCUUCGAGCUCUAGUUUAUAAACCAGGUAGUUCUUCAAGUCAACCGACAAUGUAUUUAUCCUCUUAAAACGGAAGAAUAAUUACAAGAACAAAUAAAUAUUUAUUUACCAUUGAUUUCCCAUACUGUGUGUGCAACAAAUCCGUGUGCUUUAGAUGCAGAGGAAGACAGGGAGAUGGUUCAUGUUAAUUUGGAGUGUUGGGGUUUUAUCUGGAAUAUGUAGCUGGCCAUAAAAUAAAGUAAUUGUAGAAAUAAUGAGCAGAAAGAGUUGGUGGUGGAGGAGGAUCAGAUGCAGUCAACCUGUUGGAUUAUAAAAAAGUUUAAAUUUGUUUGUAGAUAGAUUUGAAUUUGAUUUGUUGGAAUAAUUUGGUCUCUACUGUGAGAUGCAGCUAAACUCAACUAUAAAUAUAAACUUUUCUUGUUUUAUUUGUAAUCCUUCCUUCAUUCAUUAAUAACACACACAGCAUUUACUUCA